CACACACACACAGCCGCAGUCAGACAGACGGUCUGUGCGCAGCGACGGCAGCAGCAGCAGCAGCAGGAAAACAAACUCUCCUCCCGCAGCUUUUACACACCAACAACUGUCGUGGAAGUGAAGUGGACGCGAUGUUAAACACGAGAGGCUCCCGUUUGGUGUGAGAAAGGCAGCGAACAACGAGGAAGAAGAGAAGAAACAAGCUGCUGAAAGUGGAGGAACUGUGACAGCAGCUGGAGAAAUUAACCGAAGGAAUUGAGGAGCACACGUGGAAAAGCUUGAACCACAUCGGAAAAGUGGAUCUCAUCCUGUCCACUUGAACUAAUCGCCAGCUGUUCACUCCUGCCUACUUCAGAAAUGAGUGCCAAGUCGGCCAUCAACAAGGAGGUCUUCAUCCCCCACGAUGAGAAGAUGCUCGCUGCGGUGCAGGUGAAGAGGAGGACCAAGAAGAAGAUCCCCUUCCUGGCGACUGGAGGUCAGGGAGACUACAUGACUUUCAUCUGCAUCUCAGUGACGAAUAAGAAGCCCUCCCACGUCUCUCUCACCAAGGUGAAGCAGUUCCAAGGAUCUUCUGCCUUCGUAAAGAGAUCACAGUGGACGAUCGACCAGCUACGGCAGGUCAACGGCAUCGACCUCAACAAAGACAGUCCAGAGUUCGACCUGACGUUUGAGAACGCCUUCGACCAGUGGGUGGCUGGUUCAGCAGGAGAGAAGUGCACCUUCAUCCAGAUCCUCCACCACACCUGCCAGCGCUACAGCUCAGCACGCAAACCAGAGUUUGUUAACUGUCAGUCCAAACUGCUCGGCGGUAACAGCAUACUCCACUCAGCAGCAGACAGCGUGACGAGCGCCGUCCAGAAGGCGAGCCAGGCUCUGAACGAGCGCGGCGAGCGGUUAGGACGGGCCGAGGACAAGACGGCAGACAUGAUGAACAGUGCUGAACAGUUCGCUGUUACCGCACAGAAGCUCGCCAUGAAGCACAAGUGUUAGAGCGCUGCUGCCACAACCAGCUGGUAUGGGAGGGGGUCACCAGUCACCAGUCGCUGUACAGGAGAAGGAUUUCAGAUUUUAUUCUUUUUAAAAGAUUUAAUAUGAUUACAAUUUGUUAACAAUGUUAACAUUUUAACGUGUUGGGUUGUUGUAUAAUUCUGGUGCGUCUUCUGAUCAGAGAGGUAACUAACAGACUGUCGGCAGAAUGUUUCAUGUUUCUGUUUGCCAAAAAAUAAGUCACAAGCCACGACUGUAUUAAAUAACCACGGCCGUUUAAAAACACUUCCUCUGUUCGUCUGCUCCGACUCUAAUGAGAGAGUCAUUAUCAGCAAUCAGCCGAGGAAGACGAGGAACAGCUCGUCUCGCCGGUUAUUAACUGUUGACUAUUAUUUAUGAGCUCUGCUGUGAUUAUAAAGUCUGAUUUAAGUCGAGUGAAGAACCCUCUGAGGGGUUUCACAGGUGUGUUUCUGGCACUAAACCACCUUUAUUCAUAACACAAA